AUGCAGUGGUCGAGCCUCCUAUACCAUCUUUUCGCCAUACAGGUGGGACGUUGCUCUGCUCGUAAUGACCACGUGAAGCGUGGUUCUGAGCAAAAUGCGACUCUCUACGCUUACGGCGCAAACUCAUCGGCAUGGCCUAUUGCAUAUGGGGUUAACGACGGGUUGCUUUACAUCGCCCAAAACCCGGACAACCAGUCGGCUGACCUCACUCCGAUGUACUGGGACCUCCCAUCUAUUACCGAUGAAUGCUGGAUUGUCAACGGAUCUUUCGUCAACGGCACUCGAGCCGGCUCACUCUACAUCAAGCCUGAGGACGACAACGCCAUCGGUGUUAUGCCCUUUGCCCGGGCUGCUGCCAUCAACGGAACGGUCACGGGGUUCGCGCUCUUCGCCACUCAACUGGUCUAUAAUAAUAACACAGAGCUCCAAGCACAGUUCUGGGCACAGGCCACAGAUAAUGAUGGGGUAUACUGCCUCGUCUGGGUGGAGGAUGGUGGGCAAGUUGAGAGUGGCAGUUUUCCUGUCGUGGUUAAGGGUUCAGAGGAUUAG